GGUGUUAUGCACCCUAGUUUGAGCCCAGAGCUUCCGCGGCAGAGCAUCUCUAGUCCCCGACGACGGCUUCUCCACCUCCAAAAUCCCCAAUCACCAGGGAAUUCCCACCCGAAGCCAAAAUUUAUCACCAAGCUCCUCCGCCGCCGGCCUUUACAUGGGGAGGAGAUUCCUGAACUUCUUCACCAUCGUCGGUCUAGGGAAGGGAAUUCUUACCUCUCUCUCGACGGCCGUAGCUUAACAAUGAGAUCCAAAUGGGAGCUCUGAUUGUCUUUCCUGGGUCCCGUCUCCGUCUGCCUGUUCUCAUUCUUCCUGUAACUCCAUUUUCUUUCUUCGCUACACUUGUACAUAGUCAACACAGUUAAUGGAGAUUGAUCUCCAUUCCUUCACCAGUUCUCCCCCCUUCUCUCGGUUUUCCCGAGACACGGGUAACUGUGCUUGCGACCAUUCAGACUCGUUACAGUAAUCACUCACGAAGCAAGCCAAUGCCGUUGCUUAUAAACUUUCCUGCGGCUGCGGCCAUGUAAUCAAUUCCGCCUUCUCUCUAUGGACUUUGUAUGAUUCAAUGUGGGGUGAAGAACUGCUGCCAUUGGUAACUAAUCAGUAAUUUGUAUUCUGAUAUGUUCUUACGGGUGCAAUUUGUUUGUUGAUUGGGCUGUUCUUGGUUCUUUUUUAGAUCAGGGUUCAUCCUUCUGGGGCAUGGUUGAUAGUACUGAUUCGAGUCCUCUUGCUUCAGAACUGUGGCGGGAUGUUUCAUUGUUGCUCUUCUCAUUGUACCGCCGGUGGCCUAAACUUGUAAGUGGGUUUUGAACAUUCCCCCAUUGUUCCUCAUUAGCAGUCACUAAAUAUACAAAGCCGAAUUGAGUUGCAAAUGUUUGAUAUUAUCAUAUUAUGCAUUAGUGAUCUUUGAUUAAUUGGUAUCCAUUUUGAGUGUUGAGUUCUGACUAGUUGCUUCCCUCUGUAUUUUGUUAGGAUUGCGAGUCAAGUGGAUGCUUUUAUUAAAGAUUUUUUUUUUAUCUGUUAUCUCCACGGUGGACACUUCGAGGGCUCUGUAUUGGUGCGUAGUUUCACAUUCAACGACCUCAAUAGAUCUUAUCCAUAGUCUAUUACCAUAUUGGAAAAAGCUACAACUAGGAAACAAUGUAGGUAGCCUGAUGAGAUCAGAAUGUGCUGAGCCUCAUCAAGAUCAGUUGUGCUCCUUAUGGUGAUUUGGGUGAUGUAACAAACUACCAAACUUUGUGUACUUUGCUUUUAUAAUUCUUUUCUUUAGCAAGAAUAAGAUUCACUCCUCUUAGAAUGUAACUUCAAUACCAAGUUCGUUAAUGGACAAAACAGUUUGCUUUCUGUAUAUAGCAAGGGGAAGAAAUGCUGGUCUGUGGUGCUAUUAUUACAUGUUUUAAUUUUUUUGUGAUUUUUAUUUUUCCACAAACAUAUAGAAUGAUCUGAUAUCCCGCAGAAUUAACUCAGUGAUGCUGAGAAAUUCUUUCAAGUGUGUGUUGUGCAUGUAAUGGGGCCGGUUGGGGCCUGAUCUGUUGUGUUUUUGUUAAAACCCACAGAUUUUUAGUUUCUCAGUGGCUUGAUCAUAUGACUCUGAUUUUGCAGGGGUCUAGUUUCUCCCAUGUCACCCGGAGCAAUGUACCUAGGGCUUGUCAUAUUGUCAUCGUGAUUAGAUAACGUAAUUCAAGUCUGAUUCAGCAAUGAAUUCCUUCCAGGCAAAGUGAAUGAGCACUUACGAUCAAGUACACUGUAUCCUGAGAAUCAAUGAUGUAUGAAUCCUCGAUUGUUGCUUAGCAUAAACUACCAUGAGUAUAUAUGAGGAUGUUGUUGAUUCUUGAUUAAGAUGCUUUCUAUUUGAUGUUUUAGAGCGGAGUUACAUGAAACUGACUACCCACAAGGCAGAAGUGUUGGCUGUGUAAGCUAGACUAAAAAAAGAGCUUCUUGGAUUGGAUACAGCAGUCGCAGAUGAUGCCUUCCACAAAGCCUAUGUCAGGGUGUGAUUCAGGAUCCUUUCGAUGCAAUGCAGAGCCACACUCAUCAUCUUCUCUGGGACUUCACUGGGAAGUGCCCGUUCAGGCUCUUAUCCAUCCAACUCUGCACCCUAUCCUCGUCCUCUUCGUCCUCGCCGAUGCUGGCAAGAUUGAACACCAGUAAGCAGCUCCUACAGAAGCAAUCAAAUGCGUACACAUCCGAUUCUGUGUUCCUGAUGCCCCUUCAUGUCAGCCAAGCACUGGGCCUCUUGGUUCUCUUCAAUCAACUUUGUCGUCGUCUUUCACCAGCCGCCAAUGUGGUCUUCAUCGUCGCCAGCACUAGCCUCCCAGACAGCCUGGGCGAGGCCAAAUUUGCAGAUCACUGGUCUGACUGCGCCAGGCUAAUGAGAAAUGGUGGAAGUAGUAGUAUUGUUGUUGUACUCCAGAAAGUGAGGAUCACGUUGGAGCUCUUGAUACGAUUGUGAACAAGGACGGUGUCCAAUCUGGUUAUGUGGUGGACGUAGUUCAGGCGGCGAGCCACUCCCAGGGGGAUUUCGAUCCUCCACUGUCAUGCCGAGACGAACAAGCAUAGAGAUUGUUAUUGUUACUAGUCUUCCUUGCCCGCGCUCCGCACUUGGACUUGAGGAAAAACAACAAAGCAUAUUUCAUACUAUAUAAUUAGAGGUUGUGCAAAUGAGGGUAUAGAUACAAACAUUAUAAACAUAUACAAUCUAGUGUUAACUAUUCAUUUUCAAGUCAUAACCGUUGAAACAUUUACAAAGCUUGAAUAGUAUUUUAGCAAAGUUCUGAUAUGGGUAUCCAGGUGACCACUUGGUAUAAUUGAGAUAUAUAAAUUAGCUACAAAAUAUUUAAAAGGACCACCACUAUCUAAAUUUCAAAAUAAAAUACUUAUUGGGCAUGAGAAAAAGAUAGUUUAGAAACUUCUUAAAUGGCCAGCAGCAUCAACUGUUAUAUCUUUCUACAUGUAACAUUCAAAACAGGAUAAUUGUAACAACAAAGUUACAACGAAGGAGGACAUUGUCCAAAAGCCAAAGCAAACUCUUUAUCCUCAAGCCAUGAGACAACAAAUAAUCAUAACAGGAUGAGCACAAAGGCUUCCAUUUGUACACAUGGCAACAUAAAAAUUACAAACCAUCACCAUGACAAACUCGCUAUCGAUAUCUGUUUGUUCUCUCCCAAAAACCAACCUCCUUCCCUGUCGUUCAAAACUCCAAUUCUAAAAAUUGAAGAAUCGGAAUCAAAUCAGUGUCCAUAAAAAUUAAACAGAAGUAACCUCAACACCAGAAUCUGUUUCCCAGUCAAAUAAUACGAGGAUCCACAUCCAAGAACAUAAAAGAAAUAGAAUGGAUAAGCAAAAACAAUAGAAAAAUUGGACUCGACAAAACUGCUUAGCAAUUAACCGGAGCUUACCAUUCAUCCUAGUUAGAAGCUCCAGCUCCGUAUCAAGGUCGAUAUCGUCACUAUCAUCAAUAUCGUCACUAUUAUCAAUAAGAAAAUCCUUAGGCUUGUUAUCCAGGAACUUGUUCAGAAAUACUGUAAUGAAAGGAACAUAGGAGUUUGUCGCUAGGUAUUUGACCAAAUAGGAUCAUCACUACUGCAUGAUUGCAACCUCACUGUAGGCAUGGAAGUUGUGUAACAGAAAACUUAGACGGUUGCAGCAAAAAGUUUAAAGCUACUCAUACGACAUUGGCCAAAGCUUCUUUUUCAAUAAUAACAAUUGAGCUACUCUUAGAACUUAGGCCAAAGCUAUAAAACAGUUCUUAAAAGUGAAACUGAAAAGCAAGCUGACAAAUAUAAAACCAACGUACCUGACAAUAAUUUCAAAAAUAAAUUAGAGCAAACAAGAGAACUAAAUUUGGAUUGUUGGUUCAACACUAAUCACUGAUAAAUUAUCAACACUAAACAUCAAUUCCUAUAAAUCAGAGAAAGGGACAAACCGUAUAUGUUAAAACCACCACAGCAUGAACGAUUAUAGAAGAAAGGUAGCAUCUAGUU